UUAAAAACAGCUUUCACAUUUAUCUUUUUCAUUUUUUAUUUAUUUUCUUACCUGCUAAUCCACUUUCCUUUCUCACUGUUCCCAGUUUCCAUUCCUUCUUUUCAUAGCAUCGCUCACAAAGAAAAAGAUAAUCUAAUUAAUUAAUUAAUUAAUCGAUUAGUUAAUAAAGUCAUUAAUCGCUGGAAAAGCAAGAAGCUUAUUUAUCAAAACUUAUAUAGAGUGAGUGAAAUGAUUUUAAGCUAUAGUUGUUAAUUAGAAGAAGAAGAAAAGAAGCAUUGAAACAUGGUGUUAAGGAAAGUUGGUAAGUAUGAAAUUGGAAGAACCAUUGGUGAAGGAACCUUCGCGAAGGUUAAAUUCGCUCAGAAUACUGAAACUGGUGAAAGUGUUGCUAUGAAGAUUCUCGAUCGUAGCACCAUCAUCAAGCAUAAAAUGGCCGAUCAGAUCAAGAGGGAGAUUUCUAUCAUGAAGCUAGUCAGGCAUCCAUAUGUCGUUCGCCUACAUGAGGUUCUGGCAAGCCGUACUAAGAUUUAUAUCAUAUUGGAGUUCAUCACAGGUGGUGAAUUAUUUGAUAAAAUUGUACACCACGGGCGUCUUAGUGAAGCUGAAGCUAGAAGAUACUUCCAACAGCUUAUUGAUGGUGUAGAUUAUUGCCACAGUAAAGGAGUUUAUCAUAGAGAUUUAAAGCCUGAAAACCUUUUACUUGAUUCACUAGGAAAUAUGAAGAUUUCAGAUUUUGGUUUGAGUGCUUUACCAGAACAAGGGGUUAGUAUGCUUCGGACAACUUGUGGGACUCCUAAUUAUGUAGCUCCUGAGGUACUCAGUCACAAGGGUUAUAAAGGUGCUCCAGCGGAUGUUUGGUCCUGUGGCGUUAUCCUCUACGUUCUAAUUGCUGGAUAUCUUCCCUUUGAUGAGCUUGAUCUAACCACGUUAUACAGUAAGAUUGAUAAAGCAGAGUUUUCAUGCCCUGCUUGGUUUCCUGUGGGAGCAAAAUCUUUGAUACAAAGAAUUUUGGACCCAAACCCUGAAAAUCGUAUAACUAUUGAGCAGAUCAGAAGUGAUGAGUGGUUCCAAAAAAACUAUGUUCCUGUGCAUCUCCUUGAGUAUGAAGAUGUAAAUCUGGAUGAUAUUAAUGCUGCAUUUGACAGUGCGGAGGAUCAGGGGGAUAAUCCGCAAUGUGAGAUUGAGGACACGGGUCCUCUAAUUCUUAAUGCAUUCGACAUGAUAAUGUUAUCUCAAGGCCUAAACCUUGCAACAAUCUUUGAUCGUGGACAGGACACAAUGAAGUACCAAACGCGCUUCGUCACCCAAAAGCCAGCGAAAGUGGUUUUAUCAAGUAUGGAAGUUGUGGCGCAAUCAAUGGGAUUUAAGACACAUAUUCGCAACUAUAAGAUGAGAAUAGAAGGUAUUUCAGCAAAAAAGACAUCUCAUUUCUCAGUUAUACUGGAAGUUUUUGAAGUUGCUCCCACAUUUUUCAUGGUGGACAUUCAGAAAGCAGCCGGAGAUGCUAGUGAAUAUCUCAAGUUUUACAAGAAUUUUUCUAGCAAUCUUGAGGAUAUCAUCUGGAAAUCGCCCCAUGAAACAAGCAAAUUGAAGACCUCCAAGAAUAGAAGCAAAAGACAUUAGUUUUGUUGCCCAUGGUAUCUUCUGUUAUGAUUGAAAAGAAAUGACAAAAAUUCUAGUUGUGGAAAAUGGGAGAAAAAGAAAUUUGGUUGUGGAAGAUAUAUAUAUAUAUAUAUAUAUAUAUUUGUGUGGAAGUGUUAGAAAAAACACCUGAGCCUUGCAUAUAAAGGUUAUAAACCAGCUCGGCUAACUCGCCUCUUUCUCUUGCAACCCGGGCCUUUUUAAAUAUAUAGAAGAGCAGAUUCAAAUUUGAAAGAGAAAAAGUAAUCAGGUAUAAUCUGUAAUGACAAAAAAUAGCAAGUUUGGUGUUUAUAAGUUUCUAUAUGGCCUUAUUUUUGUUGGUCUUUAUCAUUACAAUGUAUCCAGUUUUUACAAGAGAAGAGUGUAAGUGUUGAUUGAGUAUGUACUAAUAGAUUUCAGAUUAUCAGUUAACACUGUUGUAUAUUGAAUUACAUGAGUUAUGUUAGUUCAUGUGUUUUUUAUUUCA